ACUAACAACAGGCGGUUGCUCCAGGUAGAAUCCCUGACGGGGCCGCGCCGGAGAUCCGAGUGAGACCCCAGCCGUAGGCCGGGGUUCUUUCAUUACAGAGGAGACGGAUUCAGAGGGGCUACAGACCAAGAUUGUUGAGAACCAGACAUAUGAUGAGCGUCUAGAGAUUAACGACUCUGAAGAGGUUGCAAGUAUUUUUACCCCAACCCCAAGAUACAGAGGACUUCCUCAUUCUGACCAUCCUCAUAACAAGACUAUGGCUGAUAACAGCAGUGAUGAGUAUGAAGAGGAAGAUAACAAGGAGAAGAAGAAGACCUCUCAGCUGACACCUCAACAGGGCUUUAGUGAAAAUGAUGAUGAUGAUGAUGACUCAUCUGAAACUGAUUCUGAUGAAGAAGAUGAUGAUGAAGAGCAUGGAGCCCCUCUGGAAGGAGCCUAUGAUCCUGCAGAUUAUGAGCAUUUGCCGGUUUCUGCUGAGGUUAAGGAACUCUUCCAAUAUAUAAGUAGGUAUACACCUCAGCUGAUUGACCUGGACCACAAACUGAAACCUUUCAUUCCUGAUUUUAUCCCAGCUGUUGGGGAUAUUGAUGCAUUCUUAAAGGUCCCACGUCCUGAUGGAAAGCCUGACAACCUUGGCCUAUUGGUAUUAGAUGAGCCUUCUACAAAGCAGUCAGAUCCUACAGUGCUCUCACUCUGGUUAACAGAGAACUCCAAGCAGCACAACAUCACGCAACACAUGAAAAUAAAGAGCCUGGAAGAUGCAGAAAAGAAUCCCAAAGCCAUUGACACAUGGAUUGAGAGCAUCUCUGAGUUACAUCGUUCUAAACCCCCUGCAACUGUCCAUUAUACUAGGCCAAUGCCUGAUAUUGACAUGCUGAUGCAGGAAUGGUCCCCAGAGUUUGAAGAGCUUUUGGGCAAGGUGAGCCUGCCCACGGCAGAGAUUGAUUGCAGCCUGGCAGAGUACAUUGACAUGAUCUGUGCCAUCCUAGACAUUCCUAUCUACAAGAGUCGGAUUCAGUCUCUCCACCUGCUCUUUUCCCUUUACUCGGAAUUCAAGAACUCACAGCAUUUUAAAGCUCUAGCUGAAGGCAAGAAAGCAUUCACCCCUUCAUCCAACUCUACCUCCCAGGCUGGAGAUGCAGAGACAUUAACCUUUGGCUGAGACACCUCCCUGGUCACUUUGUUUCAAGGCUGAGCUGGCUCUUCUACCCCAGUUGAAGAGAGAGAUUGUUGUCAGCCACCUGGCAUCCUUCCAAUGUCACAGUUUGACUCAGGGACAAUUUCCUACCACCUUCUCUUCCAGAAAGCACUACACAUAUUCCUUAAAUGGCUUCUGCCUGUCUCAAGAUUUCCUUCCUGUAGGAAUGUUGCAUCUCUACCACAAUGGCAAUUUGAGUUAGAUGAAUUGGAAUUUCUGGGAUCUCAGAAUGCUCAGUUAGGAGGAAUGUUGAAAAGACCUUUUUUUUUGAAAUAGCAAUGGAAUUAAUUUUCUUUCAUUUUUGAGUUAGUUGGCAAAGAUUUUACAAAUAAAAUGCUCUUAUCUU